AUGACGGAGAAGAACUCAAUGGGAAUGGAUUGGAUACCUCAGACAUACCAACAUGCUUUUGAAAUGUAUUGGAAACAAUUUCACGAUCCGAAUCAAUUUCCAAUUUUUUGGGCGAUUUGUGUGCUGAGAUUAUUUUCUCUGGCAGAACUUCUGAGAACAUUUCGAGAUGAUCUGAUUAGAACCUUAAGAUGUGAAUCUCAACGAGCGAAAAAAGCUUUUCACCAAGAAAAAGGAAAAAUCUUUUCCGCUCAACAUAUAGACAGCACACAUAAAAAUUCUUACAAGUUCAACAACUUUCUUCAAAAAGGAAUAAAAAAGAAAGAAGGAAACUUCCAAAUAAACUUAAAACUUUGGAGACAAUCUGAGAGUUACAAGAAAGUAGAAAGAAAGUCUGAGAAGGAAAAACACCUUCAGCGCUUUUGCUUCGCAUCCGCCAACAAGGGAAUGAAGCAGCUAAUAUUGAAAUGUUUUCGUUUCCAUGUAACCGUUGAGUGCACAAAGUGUUUUUGCUAUAGCAACAGGGAAGUCAACAACAUAGAGGAACACAACAAGAAUAAGUAG